AUGAAUGCAAAUUAUAACUCUGGGGUUUGUUUGUUGUUGACGUAAACUUGUAUGGCUGAAAUCUUAAAUUUUACUCAAAAUUAUAGCCGAGAAUCGCCGAGCACGACCGAUGUCGAUAAGCCUACUACAGAGAUCUUUUAG